GGGUAUAUGUGCCCAUUCUUGGGCAAUCUCCCAGAAUGGGUAUGUGCCACUAUCUAACAAUGGACACGGAAGUCAUAAAUGUAUUUAGAUAUGUGUCGCAUUUCUCAAUGCAUGCACCUCUCAUCAACAUUCUUCUCUCGACAAAUAUCAUACGUCGCCUUCGUGGCGCAGAGCUACAGGCCACAAGUCAUCCGCUACUGCAGCUACCUCGCUAUAACUUAAACUUCGCGUCAGUUGGGUUUCAACAAUGCCUUGGGUGCGCGUGAUUUUUUCAACUUGCUUUGUUACGGCAAAUUGUAACACUACGACAUUAGGUAAUAUGAAAACUUACUAACCCCUCUAAAGUAGUGAGCUUCGUAACUUCCUAACAAAUAAACAGCACGCGUAGUAGAAACUUCAUUUCGUGUCUCAUGCAAUUCUAUUGUAAUGCAUUUGAUUGCAGCGCACGCUCUGCUACUGUCACAAGCAACAAACGCAGGGACGAGGUUAGGGGGUUCGCGUGGGCUCGUGUCUGACAUUGGAUGCAGUGCGUCGCGCGAUAAACGUCUUCGCCGUCGUCAUAAUCGAUCGCAGCAGCAGUAGCAUUAGCAUCGGUGGUGGCGGCAUAGCAUGAGCUGGCUCGAGCUGCGCGCCUGGGCUGGGCGUUCGAUCAGAUUCCUCAGAUUUCUCGUAGCGAGCAGGUCGUCAACAGUCACCAUGGUCGAUGUCCAGGCCAAGGGCGGUUGCGGAGAUACCCUAGAGCAGCAGGCCGAGCUCUCGAAGGCCGAGAGCAGUGAUGCCUCCGUCGAUUCUCAGCAGGCGCUGAGCCCAACGUCUUUGAAGCGGCACCUGCGGAAGGCCUACGGCCGCAGGCCCAUGGAGCUCGUGAGCCGAUACUUCCGAGCCAUCUUCGACCUGGCCGCCUUCGCCAACAAGGCGGCGUUCCUGGCACGCUGCCGCGCCACGCGGGUCGUACCACCGGACUACCGGGUCGAGUGCCGCGAAAUCAAGAACACUCGCCACAUCGUUCGCAUCCUGGACAAGUGCAGCUACAAGCUCAUGCUGGCCGACCUGGAAUACAACCGCAUGCGCAAGGUGCAGGUGUCGCGCCUUCUGGAGCUCCUCCACCAGAAACUCGAGAAGGUCCUGACUGCCGAGGAUCUCGAAAACGUGUUGUCCCUCUCCAAAGCCAAGUAUGAGAACAUCUUCGAGGCCACCCGAAAUCGGCAGCGCACCUUGUUCACCGAGCUGCUCAAGGAGUACGAGAUCAGCGGGAAGGAAGAAGAAGACAGCGAGGAUUGACGCCGGGGCGGAGCCGACUUCACACAAGCAACCGAGGCUGUCCAGAACUCAGUCGAUGUUUUUUUUUUUCUUUUUGCUUUUUUUUUGUUUUAUCGCCGUGAAGAGACAUGUCCAUUCCGUUAACCCUAAUGCUCAAGCGCGAGUAUGCGACUGCUUCUAACGUGCAGAGCUCAGCAACCUCAACGGUAUGAUGGCAAGUCACUUCAAUGGCGUUUGUUAGAGUGGACUCCUUGUAGCCAAGAAGCCUUGUUAUGUCUUUGUUAAGUUUUUACCAUGUAUUUGUUACAGUUUGUUCCCAUUAAAGUUCAUUCUUGCAACACAA